AUGGAUGCAUUUACAAAUUUUCCGCGCUUAGUUCCAGUGUUGGCAGUAGCUUUGACGGUUCUCAUGAUGCCGGUUUAUGGCCAGAUCAGUACCCCAUGCACGGCAUCAGUGCUUACAACCUUCACCCCUUGCAUGAAUUUCAUUACUAAUAGCAGUGCUAAUGGAACUUCACCAUCAGCUGAUUGCUGCAAUUCCCUCAAAUCCAUGACAAACAAUGGAAUGGAUUGCCUCUGCCUUAUUGCAACUGGAAGUGUCCCCUUCCAAAUACCCAUCAACCGGUCUUUAGCUAUCUCGCUCCCACGGGCUUGUAACACGCCUGGUGUGCCUCUCCAGUGCAAAGCCUCUAGUGCCCCUAUUCCAGCUCCAGGUCCUGUCGCGCUUGGGCCAACUGUGUCACCUCCUCUUAGUCCUACGGCUUCUACUGUUCCCAAUCCAGUGUCACCAGUUCUGGCACCGGAAUCUGAUAAAACUCCAGAUCUUAGUCCAGCAUCUCCAACCGUAGAGUCAGAUGCUCCAACAUCAGACUCAGGGAUUAGGCCAGUUCUGAACCCCUCAGCUUCCAAGCCCUCUCACAGUUUCUCACCAUUGCUUCUGCUAGCUGUGUUAGGAGCUACAGUUUUGAAGAACUAUUAG